GGCAAGAGGGAGAGCUUCCGUUGCCUUGCCUGUCGGGCCCCAGAAGGAAGCGAGAGGAUGAUGCUGCCUUCCCUGCAGCAGGAGUCGGCGGAGGGGGAGGAGAGGGAGCUGCUGCUGCUGGAGAGCAGCGAGGAGGAGCGGAGGCAGGAGCGGAGCAGCAGCAGCUACUUCUGCCUCUAUGGAUACCGAGGCUGCCCAAGACGGUUGUCUCAGGGAGGAGAAAAUGAUGAUGGGAGUCCAAGAAGUACAUCUGCUGAAUCUCCAUCUUCUGAUGACUUCAGCCUCUCUUUGGUGGACACUAAUUUGUUGCCUGAAGCAGAGAUGGAACUGCGCAGUUACAUUGCCAAGCAUUUUGCUAAGGGAUCCUUUUUUGAAGGGAUGGGCAAUGUUGCAUCUGUUGAGCUGAGUAUACCAGAAAGUCGAGUUGGUUGCUAUUACUGUCUGCUCCAACUUGAAAAAUCUUCAGAAACAGCAAAUCUGGAAUCAAGCAACAGCCCUUCAGACUAUGUGAUCUGUUUUUUGGGAGGCUCGGAAAAGGGGCUAGAGUUGUUCAGACUUGAGCUUGACCGAUAUGUUCAAGACCUGAAGAUUAACCUAGAUUCAGAGAAAAAUAAUCUGGAAACCUGCAUUAAACCUUUCCUCAGAACGUGGUUUGAGGAUUCAGUGUGCCCUGUUCAGAGAGUGGUACAGCUCUUCCAGGAGAAACUUGCACUUUUGUUACAUGCUGCCCUGAGUUGCACUCCAGUUGAAGUCAAAGACUCUAAUGAAAGGACAAAAAAAGAUAUUCACAGGUUUCUUAGAGCUGCAAGCCUUCAAGAUCUUGUCCGGGAAACCACAAUGACUUCAUUAUGUAUAGCAAUGACUGAGGGACAGAAGCAAGUGGUGAUAGAUUGUAGUGGUCCACAGCCACAGUUUCACAAUGCAGGUAGUAACAAGUUCUGUGAAGACUGGAUGCAGGCAUUUCUAAACGGUGCUGAAGGAGGAAACCCAUUUCUUUUCCAGCAGAUACUGGAGAAUUUUAAAUUGAAGCAGCUGCCUGUGCCACUGAAGAGACAAGGUGAUUUUCAGUCCAGCUGUUAACUUGUAAACUGCAAAGUGUCUUCAAAGGACUCCUGGCUGCAGACAGAGCAACCUGCUGGUAAACUUACAUCAGUGUCAGGCUUGAACUAUACAUCUGUAAAUUCACAUCUUAUUGAUUCAGAAGCCCAGUGAAGACAUAGAAAACUAAUGAUUCCUGCUAUGGGAACAAAGUGGUGAGAGCCUUGGGCUUGCAUGCUUAUGCAUGCUCUCACUGGAAAUUAGACCUGGGGCAGGCAACCUGUGGCCCUCCAAAUGCUGCUGGGUGACUCCCAUCUUCCUUGCCCAUUAUCCAUUCUGGUUGGAGUUCAACAUCAUCUGGCGAGCCACAGGUUCUUGCAUCUUAUUUUAAACAAUAGUAAGAAAAUCAGGACCACAUUUUGGAAUGUGGUUUGAGGAGUAACCAGAGAAAAAACAAAUCAGUGUUUCCUGAUUUUGGCCAUCACACAUGCUCUGGUUUGUUUAAAAUGGACAAGUUUCUGAUCCUGUGAGAACAAAAGAGGUGCAUACAUGGCUCACUGUGUCUUAGUCACAUAAGCUCAAAAUUACUGUUUCAUCUGACCAAGACUGAUGUCAGCCUAUGCUUGCAAUAACAAACAAUGGUCUAGGAUCCCUGCUGCUUUGCAGCAUUCCAAGACGUAUGCAGUGAUUUGUAGAGAAGAAGCAGGUAGUUGCUUACCCUUUCUUACCUGCCAUUUCACCUGGUAAAAUAACAUGCACCUUUUAUUUGGCAGAAAGCUGGCUGGGACCAAAAAAUAUGCAAGAGGACAUAGCAGUAAGCAGUGAAAGAAUUAAGCACACACAAAUCCCAUUCUCCCUCUCCUCUCUUGAAAACUACACCCAGCAGUUUUGGUCAGCUGACAACACAACAUUUACUUCUUGUUUUGCCCUGUUCCUACAUGCUUAUAAACACAGCCAAUUCUCCAUAGAAAUCUUGUCUGCUGUCUGUGCUUGAAAGUUCUCAGUGAUGUUGUCAAGGUUCUGGGAGCAACCUAUUAAAUCUAAGGAGGGGACAUUUUAAAAACUCCUGUCCCAUAAUAGAAACCAGAGGUGGACAACUGUGGAAGAAUGGGGGUCAAUUUUAGCCCCCAGACCACAAUGGCAUACCUGAAGUGACACUGUCUCACUUACUGUUUCAAUUUUUGCCAAUUUUGGGAGGUUUAUUGUUUGUUAUUUUUGUUGCUUUGGAGGGCAUAGGUUUGAGCCAUGAAGGGGCCAGAAUUGCCUGGAAUUUUUUUUUUAAAUCCUUUGAGGCUCGGCGACUUGUGGGGCUGCAGCCUCACACUGCCUACACUUUGUCCACCUCUGAUACAAUCAUCAAUCAUUGCUGCCACCUGCUCUCAGAGGAAAAUGAAAAUCAACCUAGAAUGAGCAUGAAGCCACUAAACACCUAAUUUGAAACAGUUAACGGCCUUCAGAAACAGUAGUUAUAGAAUUCAUGUCAACAAUGGCCAGUAGAUGUCCCUGUAGAUGCUGAGCAAACUCUCUCUUUCACCAUCCUUCUUGUUCUGUUGCUCUUUAACCUCUGCUGUAAUUCUUCAUUAUAGGAGAUAAGAGCAUACUGUAUCUGAUAGCACUUUCUGGCCCUAUGCAUCAUGCAAACCUCAACAAAAGGGAAGACUGGCUUCAAGUCCAUGUUUGCUUUUAUUUCAGCCUGUACGUUUUUAAUCUCUCAAUUAUGGUGUUUUAAUGAUUCUACAUAUAUCAAGAAAGGCUCAGACUAUCUCCCAGAGAUUCUGGCAGGAACAGAGUUAAAACACAAAGCCUGCUGGAAGAUGCUAAGACCUACCGCAAGAUGUAAUUAAUCUAUGAAUGUCUGCAGCAGUACAAUGUUGUAAGCUUGCAAGGACAUCUGGAGGUAAGGAAGGAAUUUAUCCUCUAAGCACUCAUUGGACCAGCAAUACCCGAGAAUGACGUUUCUUUAAGAGGCAGUUUAACUCAGAGCAGCAUCAGUUUUGUGUGAUUUGACUAGCAAAAGGUUUAAGCCUUACACAAUUAUUUGUAGAAAUCAAGUGGCAAGGCUCAUAAAACAGAUUGGUGUAAGGUAAGGGAGAAAUUCCAUUGACUAAUCUCACUGAAAGGUUGUCUGUGCUCUCCUGGGUCCAUGAUGAAUUGUCCUUUGCUAUGGCAAGGGACAGAUUAAAUGGCCAGGAAGGAGAUUUCUUCUCGUAAUAACUGACAUGCAAAAUGUGUAGCCAAGUCCAGAGUCAGAUUAUGCAGGAAGUUCCAUUAGCCACAGCAUUAAGGUCUGGUUUGCACAAAUCAGUAGAUGAAGAGAUGACUUUGUUUGUGGAAUGUACUAGAUUGCAGACAGAGGUUCACUUGACUGAGUAUUGCCCUGAUGAUGAUGAUGAUUAUCAUCAUCAUCAUCAUCAUCAUGGUAAUAAUAUCUUGGCAGAUAGAUACCUGGCAUGUCCUCAAGAAGACUAGGCUAGAAUUUCUCUCCUUAUAUAUGGAUUGUUCUUUAUUGUAUUGUACAUACUGAGUAUGCAGCAGCAUUCGGUUAUGUAAACCCACAUCUAGAGUCUCAAGUAGUAUAAUUCAGAAACUGAUUUAUCUCAUGUUAUUGUAACCUAUUCUCUCCUUGCCUCCGCAGUUCAAUUAAAUGGGUCACGUUCAUGCAACCAACAGGCUGCAGUGGAAUCUGUUGUCCCAUGACAUCUUGCUUAUGAGAUCAUCCCUGAAAAUAUAAACUGCUCCAUUUUAGCCUGAAAACACAUAUAUAUGGGAAAGAAAAGUUCAAAAAGCAUUCUGGUCAACCUAACUCCCCCCCCCCCCUUUGCACUGGCACUUCUGCAAGAGGGAUAGAUCAAUUUGUGCCUACUGCAAGUGUUCUAUUCUAGGUAUAUGUGACAGCGACUGUCAUAGAGGCUGUACUUUUGCAGAGGCCAGGCCUACCUUGCUGCACUACUGCUUUCAUUAAAGCUUCUUACAAGUUC